AUGGUCUUAAUUGCAUACUUCCUGCAGGCCCUCACGGCUUACAUCCUAUCCGCAGCCACUUUCGGUCUAUCAUUUUUAGCCUUCGGUGGCCAACAACAACAACACCAGCAACUGACACCACACUCGCAAAUCCCAUUGGAGGGACCCGGCUGUGAUGGCUCAGGCAUUGUCGACCCGGAUGGUCGGUGUAAUGGGGAUGGGCUCAUUGAUGAUCCCCAACCGCCCGGAGACAAGUAUAGAGAGGGAUUUCGGUUCGAAAACCCAUCCACGGACUGCAAGUAUGUCUCCCAAAUGUAUAUUUGGGACUCCUUCAAGACGCUGGAGAAGGACAUGAGCAAGCUGUUCACCCUGAUCCACAAGAACGUCAGCUUCACGGUAGUGGGUCAUCAUCCCAUCGCAGGCCAUUAUAACGAUCUGAUGCAUUUUUACGUCAAUGCACUGCGCCGUGUGGCUAUGAUUUUCUCAUUGCACGAAGACAAGUUCAGGAUCCAUCCGCAGGCCAUCCAUGGGGGUUGUAAUUAUGAAUGGUCCGUCGCAGAGAUCGAGUUUAUCGGGCAGAUGAAUUCCGGCGAACCUUUUGACAUCGUCAAUGUGUGGAAACUCCCCCGGGUGAGCUCACAACAAGCCAUGACGGAGCCUCCCAGAAAGCGGUCUCGCAUUGCCUGCGUCUCCUGUCAGUCGCGCAAGCGCAAAUGCUCCGGCGAUCAGCCCUGUUCCACGUGCAGCCAGUUCGGUGUUGAUUGUCACUAUGAUCUACAGUCGCGUAAGAAGAAGGAUCCCAGGACUUUGAUGCCACAUCUGGGCUCCCUUGGGGCGAAAUUGCGCGAUGACUCGGCAUCCAAGGGCCAUAGCCAUGCGCCUCUCGGCGACUCAAACGGGAUUCAUCUGAGCUCAUUGGAAGCCAAUUCUGGGGCGGCAUUUGUACGGCGACUAGGUCUGAAAAUCGAUCCGGCUAACGCUCCCAACCUACAUCUUUUUGCCUGGAAUGUCGGAGCUCGUCAUCCGUCACAGCCAACACUCUCUUCAACAAUCGGAAGGCCGACACCUGUGGUCGAUAUCAUCUCUCAGGAGGAUAUGAGAUCCCUGGCGACGGUGUUCUUUGAGAAGGUCGAUCCAUGCUACGGCUUUAUUGAUCGCGACAGCCUCUUCAAUCGUGUGAGUAAACGAUGGCUUCCUCCGUCGUCUGACGCCGCUUUGGCCUACGGGCCCUACGACGCGGUCCUCUGCGGUGUCGCGGCAUUCGGCUAUCUCUUCUCGCAACGGCAAGCCACGCCCACCGAAAUUCAGCUAGUCGAGAAUGCGCGACAGAUCUUGGAGCCUGCGUUACUAUCUGAAACCACAUUGUCUGUUGAUGUUGUCAUGGGCUGGGUACUUCGCGUCGCUUACCUGCGCAUGACAGCCUCUCCGUACGCCGCCUGGAUGACUAGCUGCUCACUGAUGCAUAUGAUUGAGGCGACUGGUCUUCAUCUAGAGCCGUCGUCUGACACCAUCCUUGAACAGCACUCCACAGAGCCAUGUGAUCCGGAUAUUCGUCGACGCCUCUUCGGUAUGGCGCGCCACCUCAACGUCUGGAUUUCCUUCGAGCUCGGCCGCUCCCGUGUCGUCCUACAUGGAGCGACAUCUCUUCCGCCUACUCCCCGACCUACUGGCUAUACCACGGAGAUAUUCAAUCUACUACCUGUAUCAGAAAGCCUCGAUCCAAAUAGCACGACCCAAGACUUGCCCGAUCUAGAAUCUGCCCUAACCAACGUCCUGGACGUCGUGCACAUCCAACCUCCCUUGAUCCUGGCACAAUGUAACCUCAUGCUGUGCAUUUAUCGCCGGCUGCGUGCAUUGAACUCCGUCAUUUCCGGUACACUUCUGGAUCGCGUUCUUGCCCUGGCCCAGAAAGGCCUUCAGGCCGCUCGCGAGAUGGUUGCUUCCAACUGUCCGUGGCAUCAGGCCGCGAAUGUGCCUUUCCAGGUCGUAUGCACACUCCUAGCCAUCGACAAUCGUGCUUCUUUGGCAAUGCUUGGAGAUGCGAUGCGAACGCUGCGCGAGGUGGCGUCGGCCUACGAUACGGAGGUCAUGCGAGAGGCCUACAACACAGCCUACUUAUUGAUCCUGCUUCACCAACGACGGAAGGAAGAGGAUACGCGAUCGCUCGGGAAUGUUCUUCGUGAUGCAAAUUCCAACCCCAGCUCAUCGUCGGCGCCACAGGUCGUUGCCAGGGAGCCAUUCAAGGAGUCGACUCAUUCCCUGGCUGACUACCCCGGAUUUUCCUGGUUGAGUGAUUUGGUGAUCGAUAUGCCUAGCUUGCAAAACUUCGAUAUGGACAAUAACUUGGUGAACGAUGACACAUCUUCCCUUCCAACGGCGGGAAUAUAG